GUGUUUCCUGGCCUAAGGAUUUCCAGAAUCCGAACACGCAGACGCAGAGCUACAGAAAUGGCGGCGGACGGUGGCAGCUCUUCGCUGGUACUACCCUGCGCUUUCUCGCCGAAAUCACGCCAGUACCUGGCUCUGUGCGCACAGGAUGGCAGGUUGCGCAUCUGGGACACAGACAGUAAAACACUGCACCAGGAAUAUGUACCUUCAGCCCAUCUGAGUGCCACUUGUACCUGUAUAGCUUGGGGACCAUGCCGGACGGCCAAGGAGGGGCCUCAGAGGAAGAGGAGGAAAUCGGAGGCGGCGCAGGUGGCGGAGAAGCCCGACCUGCUGGCCCUGGGCACGGCGGCGGGCACCGUCAUCAUCUACAGCGCGGUGAAGGGGGCGCUGCACAGCACCCUGGACGGGGGACACAGCGGGGAGGUGCACAGUGUGAGGUGGCACCCCAUGGAGGCGCUGUUGUACAGUGGUUCUGAAGACACGCACAUUGUGGAGUGGGACCUGCAGACUGGGAAAACACGCUGUAAGUGGAAAGCAGACCGCGGGCCAGUGACCAGCCUCUGUGUGAGUCCGGACGGCCGCCUGCUUCUGUCCGCUGGGCAAACCAUCAAGAUGUGGGACCUUGAGACCAAGGAGGUGUACCGGAGGUUCACAGGUCACUCCACGGCAGUGACAACCCUGUGUUUCGCCACCACACGCCCACCCGACAGCGACGGUCUGUACUUCCUGUCCGGGGCGGCCCACGACAGGCUCCUCAGCGUGUGGCAGGUACGGUCGGACGGGAAGGAUAAGAACUCGGUGGUGUCCUUCACCCUGACGGACGAACCGCGGCACAUCGACCUCAUCUCCUCUGACAGCAAGGAGGAGGCGGUGAGGCUGGCGGUCGUGUGCAAGGACGGGCAGCUGCACCUCUUUGAGCACUUUCUGAACGGGCCCUGCAAGAAGCCCCUCUCCCCCUCCUGCUCGGUGCAGGUGUCCGGGGUGGGGGGUAAGGGGGGCGAGGGAGACACCCCGGUGCCCGUACCCCUGCUGGCUGUUGCCCUCGGGGCAGAAAAGCAGGGGCUGAUCCUGGCCUACGGUAACCACCUGCAGCCUGUCCUGGAGAGAGCGUCGGUGAACACGGCAGAACGACACGUCUGCCUGGUCCGGGACAUCCAGGCCACGCUCGCCUUGUCCAUGGACACCGCCGUUUCCAAGGUGAAGACCCCCGUGGUGAACGCCGGCGUGAAGGUGCUCGCCCCCGGUCUCCCAGGACACCGGGCGCCCCUCCGACCGGGCCCCGCGGAGUCGCAGAAGCGGAAACCGGACGCCGACACCAAAGAGAUGUCCAUUGAGGAGAGGCUGGGGGAGAUGGACCUGUCUGUUGCCUCCAGAGGUAAGAAGGGGCAGAAGGGAGGCCCCUCCCUACAGACUGACAGCUACGCGGUGCUCCUGGUGCAGGGCCUGGAGAGCAAGGACGGGCAGAUCCUUAAUAAAGUUUUCCAAACCCGGAAAGAGGUUUUGAUUAAGAAGACUGUUGCCCGGCUACCACUCCCUGCAGUCUUGCCAUUGGUGGAGGAGCUGACCAGGAGAAUCCAGGGUCAUCCGUACACGGCAAUACUGCUGGUUCGCUGGCUCAAAGCGGUCCUUCUGCAACACACCUCCUACCUGUCUACUCUGCCAGACCUGGUGUCCCAGCUGGGGGUGCUGUAUCACAUGAUCGAGGGGAGAGUCAAGAUGCUGCACAAGCUAACCAGACUGCACGGCAAGCUGUACCUGCUGAUGACACAGGUGGCAGCAGGUGACAGUGCCCACAAAGUCACGGACGUGGACCACACUGCCAAGCUUGUCUACGAGGAGGAGUCUUCUGAUGAAGAGGAGGGUUCAGGAGAUGAGGCGAUUCCUGGGGAGGACUCUGACAACUGGGAGGAGGAAGGCAUGGAAGAUGAGACACUGAGCAGAGAAAACAAAGAGAAGGUGGAGGAGGAGGAGGAGGAGGAUGAAGAGAUGAACGAGGAGACUAAAGUAAACGGGGAUUCGGAUCUGGAACCCGAGAAUGAGAGCGAAGAAGAGUGAGCAAGAAAAACGAAUCAAAACAAUGGACCCAAAAAAAGGAAAAGAUUUAUAUAUAUGUUUUCGUUUUAUUUCCAAGUUUUUGAUUUUAUUUUAACAGAACAAUUUUAUACAGAAAUGUAAAAAAAAAAAAGUAAAAAAGUUUGCAGCAUCAUGACAGGGCAAGCACUGCCCAAAAGGUGCUGCUAACUGGGUCCGCCACCAGGGCGGCGAUGCUGAACUCAAACCUAGGCAGAGCGAUGACACUGGGAAAUGGUGUCUGAACUGUAAAGGUGGGAGAGGGAGGGAAAUGGACCGCCUGCCCUCUUCGACCCCCCCACGGGUCGCUGUGUGGCCCUGCUCUUUAAUACGGACGGGGGGUUUGACGAUGUGCCCCCCCCUUCGCAGGAUCUGGUGGUGAAUUCUCUUCACACAGUGUAAAUCUGUACAGUGCAGUGUUUGUGUGGGUUCAGCCUACCCAGAAGACCUGGGAUCAGUCAAACUCUGUAAGCAGCCUCCUUGUUUUGCCCCCCCCCCCCCCACCCCAAUUCCCUCACCCCGCUUCCUCAUUCCUCCUCUGUGUGCCACGUUUUUUUUGUGGAACAGCCUUUUCCUUCCUAAUAAUUCUUUCAAAAGGAUGAGGAAAUGCAAUGUGAACUCUUGGUCUCCUAAGCAAAUAAACGAUCAUUUAAAAAAUUUCAGUUUCAUGCGUCUUGACACAAAAUGGAGGUUCAGAUAAGUGUUCGUGCAUCGCGUGUUUCUCCCGAUGGUAGUGUUCUGUUAAGCCUUCAAACAUCCACGGCAGCCACCAUGUCAACCGUCGUCAGGGGUGGAAUUUAAAUGCAUUUUGUUCCACAUGCAAAGUGUAAAAUCCUCCCAUUUGCGUGCUGAAAUGGCCAUGCAAACGUGUCCCUUAAGUUCACUGCAUUUGUCAAACCGGGUUCAGAGCCAUCGUCAGAAGUGCAGACUGACAAUAUUGGAGUUUAACAGGAUAUUCUUGAGUUCAGCCUGAAAUCGGCUGUGUUGCUUUUAGGAAACUUUAUGAAUGUUAUUAACGACAACCGGUUGGAAUAAGUAGUUUUAUGCAGCUGUUGAUAUUAUUCUCUCCCCACCCCCACUCCUGAAACUGCUUUUGUAAUUCACAGGUAACCACUUUAACAAAAGAAAUUAAACGGUCGCGUUGCUGACUUGCAUAUGAAAUUGUAUAAAGUGAGGUUUGCAGCCAAUGGCCAGAGAUGGCCAAUUAAAAUUUUGCUAUGUCAACCA